AUGGUAGAGCUGGAUGAGUCACUGGGUGAAGCUAUCCGCGAAAAGUAUGUCUUCCAAAUCGAAGUCCCGCAAGGAUCAACGAGGAAAGAAGCCUUGGCGACUAUGCACCAUGCUUUCACGAAGGAGUCCAAGCGAAUCAAUCUUGAGGCGAUGAAAGAAAAGGUUGAAAAAGAAAAGCUAAGGAACAAACGAGAGAGGAUUUUUGAGGAGUGCGCUGCAGCAAUCAAAGAUGCUACUGAGGUUGAUAAGCUGGACUUGGACGACCCGGUGAACACAAAGAACAUUGAUGACGCAAUUAAGGUUGUGCAGGACAUGGAAUAUGGAAAGAUGAUAGAAGAGGUCCGUAAAGAGGAGCAGAAGAUGAAGGAAAAGGAGGAAAAGCAAAAGAAGGACAAGGAGAAAGUGAUGAAUGAGUUGAAGGAUAACCAUACAGCAACUCUCAUGCGGGACGUGGUGAACCAGAUGGUUGCUGCGAAAGUGAAUGAGAUAAAGAAGGAAAACGAGGAAGAGGACCAGGAAAUGCAAGGCGAGGAACCGGAUGAGCAGCACCAGGAGCAUCAACAAGGCAAGAACAAAGGAAAAGGAGAACAUCCCAAAGGAAUGAAAGGAGGAAGCAAGGACAGGAGGCUACGGAAGAAGAAGCUUCGGAUGGAAUUAUGGAAGAAGGCAGAUGUGGUACAGAGGCAACAGCAGCAAAGAAGCAAGAGGUUCAUGGAAUUGAUGGAGGGUGCUUCAGCGCAAGAUUGGUGGUGGAUCAAAAACUACGACCUCUUGGAGGAGAAGGUAGCAGUUUAUGUUCCAGACUUGUGUGAAAUCCAACCGGUGGCAAUGCACGGAGUUCCAUGGCCUAUUGUGUGGAUUUUGUCAAGGUACAACAAGAAACACAUUUGGGCUUCCAGAAAGAUGCCGUCUAUUCAGAACUUUGAGGGGGAGAUCAAAAGUUUCAGCGAUCGCGUGAAGUGGAGAUGGGUUUUCAGAUGCCAGGCAAGCAAUCAAGAAAGCAACAUGGAUAAAAAGAAGGUGGUCAAAUGUUACUCCGUUGAUAAGAUGGGGAUUGAGGAGGCUGAAAUCCAUCAGAAAGUCUUCGAGAAGUCUAUGUACGAGCAUGUGGCAGAUGACAGAUAUGUUAUGGACAUGUGGUACAAAAGCUACCUCAAGGAGAAGUUUCAGUCCGCAAUCUACACUGUUCUUCUGGCUAUGUUGGACACUAACCACAGGCUAGUGCGCAUUGACAUCAGAGAGUUCUUCGUUUGUGGGGGACUGCGUGAACUAGCGGAGGAGGCCUUGAAAGCGUUUGAUGAGGAUGAAAACCCAAAGAAAGUGGUCAUGCAGGAGGUCGUCGAGGUACUCUUGGGCUCACAGUUUGUCAGGAGUGAAGCAGCAAACUUGAUGUACCAAGUCAUCGAAGGAAUGGUGGAGAAGGAUACCCUGGAAAGUGUUGGUAUUGAUCUGCUACUCAGGUAUAGGGACGAUAUCCUCAUUUUGGCGAGCUCUUACGAGAAGUUCCUCACAUGGUUCCAGUUCAGUGAGGUGGAAGAUAAAGAAGUACAAUUCCUUCAGUUCCGCGUGCAGAUGAAUGCGAAAUCAAGGCGGUUGUUUUAUGCCGCUCGGUGGGACGUUGCAGGGCUCAGCCCACAGCCCCCGCUGUAG